AUGCAGAAUUUCUGUGGCAAACCAUUUGAAAUCCAUUUCUUUAGAAACCAUUCUAAAAGUGCAAGUACAUAUGGAGCACUAGAGUCAUUAAGCACAAUGAAUGGAUCAAUGGUGAAGCCAAGAAAACAUGUUCUUUGUACUGCACUUAGUUCUUGUGCAAAAACCCUGAAUUGGCAUUUGGGUAUACAAAUCCAUGCUUACAUGAUUCGAUCUGGAUUUGAAGAUAAUUUGUUCCUCUGUAGUGCACUUGUUGAUUUCUAUGCUAAAUGUUUUGCUAUUGUGGAUGCAAAGAAGGUUUUUAGUGGCAUCAAAAUACAUGAUCAGGUUUCAUGGACUUCACUUAUUACGGGAUUCUCGAUCAAUGGACAUGGAAGAGAGGCCUUCUUGUUGUUCAAAGAGAUGCUAUGCACCCAAAUUAAGCCCAAUUGUAAUACCUUUGCUAGUGUCAUUAGUGCCUGUGUUGGGCAAAAUGGUGCCCAUGAGCACUGUUUAACUCUUCAUACUCAUAUCAUCAAGCGGGGAUGUGAUACUAACAAUUUUGUAGUCAGUUCAUUAAUUGAUUGUUAUGCAAAUUUGGGACAAAUUGAUGAUGCUGUACUCUUAUUUGUUGAAACUAAUGAGAAGGAUAUUGUUGUGUACAAUUCUAUGAUCUCUGGAUAUUCUAAAAACCUGUACAGCGAAGAUGCAUUGAAACUAUUUGUAGAAAUGACGGGGGAAAAUGUGGUUCCUACUAAUCAUACUUUAUGUACCAUUUUAAAUGCUUGCAGCAGCCUUGCAUUGCUCCUUCAGGGAAGACAAGUGCACUGUGUUGUUAUUAAAAUGGGUUCAGAAAGAAGUGUGUUUGUGGCCAGUGCUUUGAUUGAUAUGUAUUCAAAGGGUGGCGAUAUUGACGAGGCUCAAUGUGUGUUACAUCAGACUUCUGAGAAGAAUAAUGUGUUGUGGACAUCCAUGAUCAUGGGUUAUGCUCAAUGUGGGAGAGGUUCAGAGGCUUUGGAACUUUUUGAUUGUCUAUUGACCAAGCAAGAGUUAAUUCCUGAUCAUAUCUGCUUUACUGCUAUCUUAACUGCUUGUAAUCAUGCAGGAUUUCUUGACAAAGGGGUGGAAUACUUCAACAAAAUGACAACAAAUUAUGGCUUGUCUCCUGAUAUGGAUCAAUAUGCUUGCUUGAUUGAUCUCUAUGCCAGAAAGGGAAACUUAAGUAAGGCAAGGGAAUUAAUGCAGGAAAUGCCCUAUGAUCCUAAUUAUGUAAUCUGGAGUUCUUUCUUGAGUUCUUGUAAGAUAUAUGGAGAUGUAGAACUUGGCAGGGAGGCUGCUGAUCAACUUAUUAAGAUGGAACCAUGCAAUGGAGCACCAUAUUUAACAAUGGCACAUGUCUAUGCAAGAAAAGGUUUAUGGAAUGAAGUAGCUGAAAUCAGAAGGCUUAUGCAACAAAGGAGAGUAAGAAAAUCUGCAGUUUCAUACAUUUGCAGUGGAUGA